AUGGUCAAACAUGUGGACCCAGCUUGGUUAGCAUCCGCCAACCCCAACCAGAUCCUUCUCCUCGAUGCACGGACAGCCGACGACUACGCCGGCGGCUGCAUCAGAGAGUCCGUCCACAUCUGCUGUGUCGGCGUUGUCCUCCGCCGACUGAGAAACGGUAGCCUAAAAGUCGAGUCGCUCCUCAACACGGCCGAAGACAAGGCCAAGUACGUGGCGGCGAAAGACUCGGAGGCCGUGUGCGUCGUCGUCUACGACCAAAACUCCUCUAACGCCGAGACCCUCUCCGAGAAAUCCAUCGCUUCUCUCAUGUUGAGGAAGGUCUCUCGGGACUGCAAGCACGUGGUGUUCCUCCAGGGAGGCUACGACGGGUUCCUCGCACGGUUCCCCGCUCUCUGCGACGUCCCCGACUCGUCCGAGGACUCCCUCCUCAAGAGACGGCCCAGCAGCCUUCUCUUGCAGAUCUCCACCAUGUCUCUCAGCGUCAAGGACGACGCGAGUGAGUCUGAAGACUCGUCGAACCCUUCCUCGCCCGAGGACGAACCCAGCCCCUCUCAGAGAGACGCCACCCCGUACCAGAUCCUUCCCCAUCUCUACCUCGGCUGUAGAAAGGUCGCCGCAUGCCUCCCGAGUCUCAAGGCAAACGGCAUCAAUAAUGUCCUCAACGUCACUUCCAGUAUCCCCAACAACUUCGUCGCGGCCGGGUUGAACUACAAGCAGAUAGCUGUGGAAGACUCGCACGACGUCAACAUGAUCCAGCACCUCCCCGAGGCGUUCGGCUUCAUCGAGAGAGCUCGUCUCUCCGGCGAGAGAGUCCUGGUUCACUGCCACGCCGGCAUGUCUCGCUCGGUGACCGUUAUCCUCGCUUACCUCAUGAAGUUCGUCAACCACACGCUGGACAGCGCCUACGAGCACGUCAAGCACAUCAAGUCGGACAUCUCUCCCAACUUCUCGUUCAUGGGACAACUGUUGGAGUACGAGUGUACGCUGCGGCCGAGCCCUUCGGACUCGGGAAUCGGCAGCAUCUCCGCCAGCCCCGUGGAGAACCACUACACCUUUGUCCUAGGCACCGGCCCCACGUCGCUUCCCUCUCCCGUAAACUUCACGUCUCGUCCCUGUGUACUCGCCUCGUAA